AUGGCCCACGAUGAACGGAACGGCGUCGGCGAGCUACCAUCAAAGAAAUGCACCAGCGCGCCGUGGAAGGCCACCCAAUCACACAAGCCGAGGCGUCGCAGCUCGCAGCAGCGGAAACGGACAUUACCGGCUUCGGGCCAAUUAAGGGGGGGGCCGGCAGCCAUAGCUCAGAGCGAGCAUGACAGACAACAUAAUUUCAUCUCCAAGGCGAGUGAGAUUGCACGCAAACCCGUAAACCAAAUAACUAAAGAGGAUGCAGCGCAGGCACGGGCCUUUGGAAAACCUCCGGGAAAGGGUUCGACGGCAGCUGGUGUACAGUCCCUUGCUGAUCAGAAUGCGAAAUCGAAGGAAGCCUGA